UUCGCAAAUCAUGAUCGUUGUUGAUCAUUUUGUUUCAUCAUUCAUUCUCAUUCAUCCCUCGAGAUUUUGUCGAGUUGCAAGUAAAUCAUGACAUCGAUUGUUAUACCGGCAGCAUUACGACUUGGUCGUGUAACGAUUGAUAAUUUAUAUCAAAUAAAUAAAAGUGGCUUACGCAGGUUGUCACGAGUAUCUACAACAUUUUCUUUGCAAAAACAAGGUUACAGUACAAUAACAGAAGAGAGGAAACCAGAUGUUGGUGAGACACCUCCAGUAUCAGAAGCUACAGAGAAUGAAAAGAAGCUAAAGGUAGAACUUGAGCUCAUCAAUAAAGAACUUACUGAACUUAAGGAAUUCAAAGAUGUGCUUGAGGAUAAAUAUAAGAGAGCAUUGGCUGAAGGAGAAAACAUUAGACUCAGACUCACCAAGCAGAUUAAUGAUGCCAAACUGUUUGGUAUCCAAAGUUUCUGUAAGGAUCUUUUAGAUGUAGCAGAUGUAUUAGGAAAAGCUACUGAAAGUGUACCAAAGGAUGAAAUUACAGAAAAAAAUCCACAUUUGAAAAGCUUAUAUGAAGGAUUAACAAUGACGGAAGCUCAAUUACAUAAAGUCUUCAAGAAACAUGGGCUAAUUUCAUUGAAUCCAAUAAAUGAAAAAUUUGAUCCUAACGAACAUGAAGCACUGUUUCAACAAGAGGUUGAAGGCAAAGAACCUGGAACAAUUGUAGUUGUAUCGAAAAUAGGAUAUAAAUUACACGAAAGGAUAGUGAGACCAGCACUAGUAGGUGUUGCUAAAGGGUGAAAAUGAUACUCCGUUGCUUUAUCUACAAAUACUUCUUGAAAUAUAUAUUUGAUCAUAUCAUGUAAGUACAUAAGUUGUAACUAUAAAAUUUAUGUAUUAAACAAACUUGAUACCAGA